CAGAGGUGACCGGCGACGACAUGUCGGCGGGCGGCUCGCAGCGUCUGUAGAGCAGGCUCUGCGGUGUGACAGGGACCGGGCGGAGGCGGCUGGGGACGGCCGAGGACGGGAGCGGGUGGCCGGGCGCUCAGGGGAGCACUGCACGGGGCCACGACCGGGAAUGCGCCCCAGCCCGCCGAGCAGCCGGGAAGGCGAGCCCCGCGGGAGCGCUUCAUGCCGCCCACCGGCAUAGAGUCGUCCAGGAUGAACAGGAAGAAAGGAGACAAGGGCUUCGAGAGCCCGCGGCCGUACAAAUUAACCCAUCAGGUCGUCUGCAUCAACAACAUAAACUUCCAGAGGAAAUCUGUUGUGGGAUUUGUGGAGCUGACUAUAUUUCCUACAGUUGCAAACUUGAAUAGAAUCAAGUUGAACAGUAAACAGUGUAGAAUUUACCGAGUCAGGAUCAAUGACUUGGAGGCUGCUUUCAUUUAUAAUGAUCCAACCUUAGAAGUUUGUCACAAUGAGUCAAAACAGAGAAAUCUCAAUUAUUUUUCCAAUGCCUAUGCAGCUGCGGUUAGUGCUGUGGACCCUGAUGCGGGGAAUGGAGAACUCUGCAUUAAGGUUCCAUCAGAACUCUGGAAGCAUGUCGAUGGUAAAACAGCAGAGUUAAAGGUUCUGAAGAUACAUAUCAAUUUUUCUCUGGAUCAGCCGAAAGGAGGUCUUCAUUUUGUGGUACCCAAUGUAGAGGGAAGUAUGGCAGAGAGAGGUGCUCAUGUCUUCUCUUGUGGGUAUCAGAAUUCUACAAGAUUUUGGUUCCCGUGUGUUGAUUCAUACUCUGAGUUAUGUACAUGGAAAUUAGAAUUUACAGUAGAUGCUGCAAUGGUAGCUGUAUCCAAUGGAGAUUUGGUGGAGACAGUGUAUACCCAUGAUAUGAGGAAGAAGACUUUCCAUUAUAUGCUUACAAUUCCUACAGCAGCAUCCAAUAUCUCCUUGGCCAUUGGACCUUUUGAAAUACUUGUAGAUCCAUAUAUGCAUGAGGUUACACAUUUUUGUUUGCCCCAGCUUCUCCCAUUACUUAAACAUACCACGUCAUACCUUCACGAAGUUUUUGAAUUUUAUGAAGAAAUUUUGACUUGUCGCUAUCCGUACUCCUGUUUUAAGACUGUCUUCAUUGAUGAGGCUUAUGUUGAAGUGGCUGCUUAUGCUUCUAUGAGUAUUUUUAGCACAAACCUUCUGCACAGUGCCAUGAUUAUCGAUGAGACGCCUCUGACCAGACGGUGCCUAGCGCAGUCCUUAGCGCAGCAGUUCUUCGGAUGCUUCAUAUCCAGAAUGUCUUGGUCUGAUGAGUGGGUUCUGAAGGGAAUUUCAGGCUAUAUUUAUGGACUCUGGAUGAAAAAAACUUUUGGUGUUAAUGAGUACCGCCACUGGAUUAAAGAGGAGCUAGAUAAAAUAGUGGCGUAUGAACUGAAAACUGGGGGAGUUUUAUUACAUCCCAUAUUUGGUGGUGGAAAAGAAAAGGAUAACCCCGCAUCUCACCUUCACUUUUCAAUAAAGCAUCCGCACACACUGUCCUGGGAAUACUACACUAUGUUUCAAUGUAAAGCUCACCUUGUGAUGAGACUGAUUGAAAACAGAAUCAGCAUGGAAUUUAUGCUACAAGUUUUCAAUAAACUACUAAGUCUGGCUAGCACUGCUUCGUCUCAGAAGUUCCAGUCUCACAUGUGGAGUCAGAUGCUGGUUUCCACCUACGGGUUCUUGAAAUCCAUUUCGAACGUCUCUGGCAAAGACAUCCAGCCCUUAAUAAAGCAGUGGGUAGACCAGAGUGGAGUAGUAAAAUUUUAUGGAAGUUUCGCGUUUAAUAGAAAACGAAACGUUUUAGAGCUAGAAAUAAAACAAGACUACACAUCUCCUGGAACUCAGAAGUACGUGGGACCACUUAAAGUGACAGUGCAAGAGCUAGACGGAUCCUUCAACCACACCUUGCAAAUUGAGGAAAACAGCCUUAAACAUGAUAUACCCUGCCACUCUAAAAGCAGAAGGAAUAAGAAGAAAAAAAUCCCACUGAUGAAUGGGGAAGAAGUUGACAUGGAUCUUUCUGCAAUGGACGCCGAUUCCCCUUUGCUGUGGAUAAGGAUAGACCCAGAUAUGUCAGUCCUGAGGAAGGUGGAAUUUGAGCAGGCUGACUUUAUGUGGCAGUAUGAGCUCCGCUAUGAAAGGGAUGUGGUCGCUCAGCAGGAGUCCAUCCUGGCCUUGGAGAAGUUCCCCACCCCUGCGUCACGUCUCGCACUCACCGACAUACUAGAGCAAGAGCAGUGUUUCUACCGAGUGAGGAUGUCAGCGUGCUUCUGCCUCGCAAAGAUUGCAAAUUCAAUGGUGAGCACAUGGACAGGACCACCAGCCAUGAAGUCUCUCUUUACUAGAAUGUUUUGUUGUAAAACUUGUCCAAACAUCGUGAAAACAAACAACUUCAUGAGUUUUCAGAGUUAUUUUCUACAGAAGACUAUGCCGGUUGCCAUGGCUUUAUUAAGAGAUGUACAUAAUCUUUGUCCCAAAGAAGUUUUAGCAUUUAUUUUAGACUUAAUCAAGUACAAUGACAACAGAAAAAAUAAGUUUUCAGAUAACUAUUACCGUGCAGAAAUGAUUGAUGCCCUGGCUAAUUCUGUUACGCCUGCCGUCAGUGUGAAUAAUGAAGUUAGAACUCUGGAUAACUUAAACCCCGAUGUUCGACUAAUUCUUGAAGAAAUAACCCGGUUUUUGAAUAUGGAGAAACUUCUCCCAAGUUACAGGCACACUAUCACUGUCAGUUGCUUGAGAGCUAUAAGGGUGCUUCAGAAGAACGGACAUGUACCAAGUGAUUCCUCUCUCUUCAAAUCCUAUGCCGAGUAUGGCCAUUUUGUGGACAUCAGGAUAGCAGCUCUGGAAGCCGUUGUUGACUACACUAAAGUGGACCGGAGUUAUGAAGAACUUCAGUGGCUACUUAAUAUGAUCCAGACUGAUCCUGUACCAUAUGUAAGGCAUAAGAUUCUAAACAUGUUGACUAAGAAUCCACCAUUCACAAAGAACAUGGAGUCUCCCUUAUGCAAUGAAGCCCUAGUAGAUCAACUAUGGAAACUAAUGAAUUCUGGUACUGCACAUGACUGGAGGUUGCGGUGCGGUGCUGUGGACUUGUACUUCACCCUGUUUGGCCUCAGUCGACCUUCCUGUUUACCCUUGCCAGAACUCGGGCUUGUCCUUAAUCUAAAAGAGAAAAAAGCCGUUUUGAAUCCUACCAUAAUUCCAGAAGCCGGAGCAGGCAACCAGGAAUCUGCCAGUAACCCUGGCUCGCAUGCUCAGCUCUCUGGAUUUCAGAACCCUGUGAGUGUCACGUUAGUACAGAGUACAGAGCCUCACUAUGUAGCGCCACCCGAGGAGGACAACGUCGUCUUUGAACCGUUUUCAAGUUCUCAAGAUGAGGAGGAGGUUGAUAUGGAUACUGUUCAUGACAGUCAGGCCUUCAUUUCCCAUCAUCUGAACAUGCUUGAAAGGCCAUCUACUCCAGGGCUUUCUAAAUAUCGCCCAUCGAGCUCCAGGUCUUCCUUAAUGCCCCAGCAUUCAUUAGGCUGUGACAUGAUACCAACCACAAAACCCCAAUGGACUAUGGAACUGUCCCGAAAGGGAAUAGGUAAGGAGCAGCCUUUGGAGAUGAGUAUGCAUUGCAUGGGAGCAGCUCCACUCUCGGGGUUUGCUAAGGAGUCUACAUCCUCUCGACACAGCGACCACCAUCACCACCAUCACCAUGAGCACAAGAAGAAGAAGAAGAAGCACAAGCACAAGCAUAAGCACAAACACAAGCACGACAGCAAGGACAAGGACAAGGAGCCCUUUGCCUUCUCCAGCCCUGCCAGCGGCCGGUCUGUGCGCUCCCCGUCACUCUCGGACUGAAGUCACUCUCGGACUGAAGUGCUGCAGAGCCCUUUCCAAGGUCCCAACCAGAGGAAGGUGGCAUGACAGUCUGGUCCUUGGUGCAGCAUGAUCCAAGAGGGAAUGCAAGGAAACUAAGAGGGCUCUGGAGUCUGGGUGUUCAAUUUCUGUUAUUUGUGUAACUGGGAUCUGAGUAGGAAGUGGGGUUUUUUUGUUUGUUUGUUUUUUUGUUUGUUUUUUGUUGUUGUUGUUCUGGAUAAACUCCUCCAUCUCUUGUUUCUUCCUGAAAACACAGAGUAACCUCUUUUUACAAAAGCCUUCAGAUCUACUGCAGGCCUGUUCACAUACUGGUCUCCUGUGGAAAGCCAAGGUCAGGUGUGCUUGAAAGCCUUUGAUAGUUGUCGUGGGCAGAAGGACAUUUCAACAGAAGCAGCUGCCAGAUCUGUGGUACCCAGCGUUUCCAUGAAGUGCUAAGCAACACCACUUGGAAUUGCUGGAAAGACAGGCUUUUCUAUAGGACCCAUCCCUCUUGGCUGCUUUCUGUGUUAGUCAUAGAAAGUAAGUACCAUCAUUUAUGAGCAAAGGCUCUUGUAUUUCCUCUUACCCUAAUAUCCAAAAAGUUUUGAAAGAAAUUAUUUUUAAAAACAUUUAACGUAACUAUCUUUUGAUGGUGCAUUUGGUGAUUUUGAUGUUGCAAUUUAGCAGAACAGCCAGGUCCACCAUUAUUCUCAAAUCAAGAUGUUUAAAUUACAUUUUGUUUUGCCUUCCAUUAAGUACAAGUGAAUGUGUUCAUAUGUAAAAUAUGUGUUGCUGAAUGUGGGUAGUUUACACAUGUGACAAGUAUUCUUUCUGAAAUUACUCUGUAUAUAAGGCAACCAUGGUGCUGCUUGCCUGUAAUCCUAGCAUUUGAGACAUAGAAGUAGGAGGGUCAGUUAAGACCAGCCUGCGACUCAUGAGAUAUGUAUCAAAAAAGCAAGGUCACAGAAACUGCUAUAGAUAACAAAAUGUGAUGCUUUAAGAAGGUAUGACUGUUUUGUUGUUUGUUCAUCAGCUUGCACAGAGAUAAUUUGGCCCACAUUGGAGUAUAUAAGCAACAGUUUAAAAAUACGUGUGCAGUGUUUUGGUUUCCUAUUUAACAUUUUGUAUUAAUUGUGUGUUUUUUUAUUUUAUUUUAUGUUCUUGUGAAUAUACCAGGUUGUCCGUUUAAUUGUUUUGCAUAUCCAGUUUUUAUCAUUUCUCAUGUUACUAAAAUGUUUCACUAAAUUCUUGUUCUCAGAAUAAAUAUUUCUAAGUUGAACGUUC